AUGCAACUCAAAAACUUUCUCUUUUAAAGUUUGAUAAUAAAAACAAAAUAAUUACAUACUUUUCACCUAUGAACUUGAAUGAUAAUGAAUUCAAUGAUUUAUGUAAAGGUUUUGAAACUCAAAACUUAAAUGAAGGCAAAGAAAAUUCUAUAAAAAUAGAUGAGGAAGUUAAAUUGGAUGAAAUACCACAAGUUAUGAGUGAAGAAAAUGUGAGCGGUAAAGUUGAAAAAGUGAAAGAAACAACUUAUUGGUGUGCAUUAUUUAAACAGGAUGGUUCUUUAGAGGCGAAAGAAAUGAUCCUUAAAAAUAAGCUUAACAAAGAAUACCUUUCAAUCACUGGUCUUGCAUUCUUUACCAAAAAAGUUGCGCUCUUGGCUUACAGUAAAGAUUUGGAACUGCUAGGAGAAGGAAGAAUAGCUGUUACACAGUUAAUUUCUAGCACCGGAAAUCAUCACGCUGUAUUCAGAGAUUCCGGGUUGGAAGUUGGACAAUAUAGAUAUUAUGAUAAAUCAACUAAUGGUUUAGAUUUCAAUAGUUUUAUUGAAGAUAUCCAGAAUGCUCAAAACAUUCCAUCUUUUUAUUACACGCCUGCGUGUAUAAUCCUACUGGGGUUGAUCUAA